AUGACCCACGAAUACGUGUCAGCCGAACGCGAGGUCGUGGAAGACGUCCAGCAGCAGGAAAAGAUCGCCAAUGAAGAGUUCAAGAUCUGGAAAAAGUCGGUGCCUUUGCUCUACGACACCAUCCACACCAACGCCUUGGAGUACCCUUCUCUCGUGGUGCAAUGGUUGCCAAACUACACCUACUCCGAGAACAAAAACCUGAUUAACGUCAAGUACUUGAUCGGCACCAACUCCAACGACCACAACUACUUGAAGCUUGGGUCCAUCGACUUGCCCAGCACGUUGGCUCCCGACUUUGCCAGUGUGUUGCCCAAUGCCCUGAGCAUCCCCAUCCCGCUCUCCAACAUCGAGACCUCCAACUUCCGCAUCUUGUCCAAGUGGAAGCAGCCUAGCGAAAUCAACAGGUUGAGGCUCUCGCCUGACGGCGACAAGGCGUUGACGUUCAACAGCAACGGAAUCAUCCACUCCUACAACUUGGUCAACAACGACAUCUUGGAGUACAACUACCACAAGCAGGAAGGUUACGGGCUCGAGUGGAUCUCAAACGAGGCAUUUCUCUCGGGGUCCAAGGACUCUCAGAUCGCGUUGUGGAACAUCCUGAAGCCCUCGACCCCCAUCCAGCUCUUCAAGAACCACAAGGGUGGCAUCAACGAUCUCUCGGUAAACAGCAUCUCCAAGGACAUCUUUGGCUCGGUUUCUGACGACUUCACUACCCAGUUCCACGAUAUCAGAGUGGCGGGAGAACCCGUGAUCCAGGUCCAAAACUCUCACAUCCAAAGUGCCAUCGACUUCCACCCGGACGUCCAGACCUUGUAUUCCACCGCAGGUAAAGACAACACCGUCAACUUGUACGACCUCAGAAACCCAGAAACCCCCAUACGCCGUUUCUUCGGCCACAGUGACACCGUAAUUGGAGUCAAGUGGGACCUGACCAACGACCCAAAUGUUCUUGUAUCUUGGGGUUUGGACAAGAGGGUCAUAUAUUGGGACUUGGCAAACCUCGAGGAAGACUUCGUGUAUCCGAACAGUGAAUCUGAAAACUCAAAACGUAAGAACUCAUCCAAAGUUGAUCCUUGUUUGAAGUUUAUCCAUGCUGGCCAUACCAACAGAAUCAACGACUUGGAUAUCCACCCAUCCAUCAGUAACUUAUAUGCAACUGUUGGGGAGGAUCGUUUGUUUGAGGUAUGGAAGCCCAAGACGCUCCUUGCCGAGGACGAGAAUGAAGAAGAGGAGUCAGAAAAAGAAGAGAAGGAGGAGGAGAAGAACGAGUAG